AUGAAAUUUCAUAAAAAUAGACAAAGUACAUAAAUUGAUAAAAUUAAUAUAGAAAGUUCUGACACCUUAACAGUAAAAGAAGUAUGUAAAGGAAGAAAGAAAUAAUUUCAACUAAUGGAUUAUUGCUUAGGAUGA